CAGUGUUCAUGAUUUACCAUGUUUAAUGUUAUUACUGUCAAAUGAAAAUCUAAACUCAACAUUUAUUGUUUGAUCUUCACCAACAAUAUUAAUGAUGAUGACAAUGAUGGAGUAACAUGUUCAUGAUUCAUUCUAAAAAUCUCCAUUCAUGCGUCAGUCUGAACUCUGCUCCUCCUUCUGGCUUAUAAGGGAGCAGAUAGGACAGAAAGGCUCAUGGGAGUGCGAGUGUGUGUUUAUUUUUAUGUGUGUGUCUGGUAUAAUAGCAGCGAGAGAGAUGGAGAGAGCAGAGGAAGACCAGAGUGUGAAGUAAUGAUUCGCUUGCAGUCAAACGGUGAGCUGCUCCACUCUGCUUCUCAUGUUUCGGCUUAAUGUUAAGCUGCCUCUCACCUUUAUCUGCUUCACUCCAUCCACUCAUCCUCCUUGCAUUGUUUUGGGGACCACUUAUUUCUUUUGCCUCUUUCUACACCUGGGCUGUGUGACUGUGUUUGGUUGAGAAAACUGCCUCUUUUGGAAAUCCUGAAGACUGAAAAAGGAAAGAAAAAUCUUCUUUUUCCUUUUUUUUUUUUUUUUCUAUAUUAACAUUGCCUUAUUGUUUACCAAAUAAUGAUUAGAUUUUAAGACUGACAAACUACAUGGACACAUAACUGUAAAGAGAAAGACCCUAAACCAGGAGGAGAAGGGAGCUAAAAAGGAGCCAAAAUGAACUCCACUGUACACCCUGGACUGAUCCAAGGCUACCCCAACAGGAACCUCACUUCUGGCACUUUGCCUCUUGACAAAGACUUCUCUGGAGAGGAGAAGGACUCAUCUGUAGGAUGCUAUGAGCAGAUGCUGAUUUCCACAGAGGUUUUCCUCACACUGGGCAUUGUCAGUCUGCUGGAGAACAUUCUGGUUGUUGCUGCUAUUAUCAAAAACAAGAACCUUCACUCACCGAUGUACUUUUUCAUCUGCAGCCUUGCAGUUGCUGAUAUGCUUGUGAGUGUCUCCAAUGCCUCAGAGACUAUUGUCAUAGCCCUCAUCAACGGAGGUAGCUUGACCAUCCCUGCCACAUUAAUAAGAAGCAUGGACAAUGUGUUUGACUCUAUGAUCUGCAGUUCUCUGUUAGCAUCCAUCUGCAGCUUGCUUGCAAUUGCUGUCGAUCGCUACAUCACAAUCUUCUACGCAUUGCGAUACCACAACAUAGUCACCCUACGCCGAGCAAUGCUGGUCAUCAGCAGCAUCUGGACAUGCUGCAUCGUGUCUGGCAUCCUGUUUAUCAUCUACUCAGAAAGCACCACAGUACUCAUAUGCCUCAUUACUAUGUUCUUCACCAUGCUGGUGCUCAUGGCAUCACUCUAUGUCCACAUGUUCUUGCUGGCGCGCCUGCACAUGAAGCGGAUUGCAGCCCUGCAGGGCAAUGCACCCAUCCAGCAGCGAGCCAACAUGAAAGGCGCCAUCACCCUCACCAUCCUCCUUGGGGUGUUUGUUGUGUGCUGGGCGCCCUUCUUUCUUCAUCUCAUUCUCAUGAUCACCUGCCCCAGGAACCCUUACUGCACCUGCUUCAUGUCCCAUUUUAACAUGUACCUCAUCCUCAUCAUGUGCAACUCCGUCAUUGACCCUGUCAUCUAUGCCUUUCGUAGUCAAGAGAUGAGAAAAACCUUUAAAGAGAUCUUCUGCUGCUCAAACUCUCUCUUGUGUGUGUGAGCUGUGUGCUAAUUAUUCCCAGAACCACAACCCUGAAAACACAGCCUGCAAGUAUUUGAACAAAACAAGGACUUUGAGGUUUUGAGUUGUUAUCAGUCUGGACCGCUGUUAAUGAUUGAUAAACUGGGCACAUGCUGCUGGUUAUGUGAGUCAGGUUGCUUAAGAGGUAGGUUUCCAAACACCUUGUAAAGUAGAGAGUUGCUCUGUAGAUAAAUGUAAUUUCAUUCUUUAUUAACUGUUCUGCAGAUGGAAGCAAAUGUGACUAUAAUGCAUGUAAAACUAUACACAUUCCUCCUUAAAUCAUUAAUUUUUUGAAGUUCUACUCAUUUAAUUGUUCCAACAAUAAUUACUGCAAUGAAAUGUCACUGCUGCUGCAGCACAGAACCUAGAUUCUUUAACAGAUUGCAAACAGUGAUAAGACUAUAAACCAAACAGACACUGUAAUCCUAUUCAAAACAGGCACAGUGCAAAUUAUAAAGAUAUACAUCGACCCCUUUAUUUAAGCACCUCAAAGAAUUCUCAAUAAUCUCAGCAAUGUUUACAUCUCCAUAUACACUCAUGAGAUAAAAGCCUUAACACUGCAUUUGAGUCUUUUGCGUCUGUCAUGACAUAAAGGUGUGUUUUUGCUAUUUAAACAAAAUGGUUUUGAAGGUAAAAAAGUGUCUGAAAAUGCUAUUUGACUUUCUGAGGAGAUAACGGCCUUCAGAUGAAAGUAGAUGAAUGUGAAGAUUACAAAACAUGAGCACAAGCAAAAAAAAAAUAUUUCUGUCUUUGUGGUAUGUCAAUCUUUUAUGACACUGAAGCAGAAAAUUUACUGACCGUCAACAAAAAACUGAUUGAUGGUGUUGUAAAAUAACUCACAGGGUAAGAAAACACUACACUGUAUGUACAGAGAACCAGUCAGACUGCACUAAAAUAAAUGUCAGUGUGUCCCUUAGGCACAUUUUCUGAAUGACAUUUUGCAUCUGUGGUUUUGAUUCUGUUCUUUAUUUUAAAUCAUGGUGGGUGCCAACAAAAAGAAAAAGAAAAGGGAUAUUAUACAUGGAGAUAUUUAUGUGUUUGAUUUUUUUCAUUUGCAUUAAUUGUUUAGUCUAAAUAUUUCCUAUUUUAUUUUACUUUUUUGUGGCACACAAAUAAGUCUAUUAUACACAUUGAUAAUUUAUCUGUUUUGGCAGAGUCUUGCCUCUCAAAUUUCUUUGAAGCAGAAUGACAAACAGGGAAAAAAUGGAGAAAAAAAAGUUACUUUAUAAUUACUAAAUGAUGAUAAAUUGCCCAAACAGACCUUCCAUAGAGACCAUGAAAUCCGUGCUGGCCUGUAACAUUUGCUUAUUUUCAAUCGCAACUCUUGUGACUUUGUGGUUUGUUUAGGUAUUAGUGCGACUUUGCACAUGUUGGUUGUACCAACUCUCAUUUUAAGCAUGUAAAAAUGACAUGUUACACUAAUGACUAUUCUGAAUGUUUUUUUUCAUGUUAUGUAACUUGUUGCUUUUUAUCUUUGCCUUAAAUAUUUUUCACUGUGAUGUAAAAAGCAACAGUGUUCUAUGUGACGGUGUUUCUUAAAUAUAUCUGUGUAUGUAAGUAAAUGACAUUUGCAACAUUGCCUUAUUUAUUAAUGCCUUUGAAAACUUGAAGCACAUUUCUGAGCUGAUAAAAAUGCAGAA